UCGUCAAUCGUCGUCGUCGUCGGCGGCGGCGGCGGAUGAAUAUGGAGGGAUUUGGGGUUCCUCUUCAUCGUCAAACCAGGCCUCCAGCUAAUAGCCUCCAUGUGGAGAUACCUUCAGACAGUUCGGAAUCAGUCUCAUGUGAGCACCGCCUUCAAAGAUCAAAAACCGAGACGCAGAGACGCAAAACCAUAUUGGCUGCAGAUGCCCUUCAAAUAUACGAUAAUAAAAUCCCCAUUCAUCACAAGUUCAAAUUGUUGCAAAGAGUAUCCACCGUGAAGGAUGAUGGAAGUGUUGAGUUUGAAGUUGAAGGAGACAUCGAAUCCGAAUCGAUUAAUGUUGAAUCUGAUGAACCCCUGGAUGAAGCUGAGUUUGAGUAUAUAAGGCCUAUGCAAAUUGUAAUGCUCAUUGUAGGAACCCGGGGAGAUGUGCAGCCAUUUAUUCCAAUCGCCAAGCGUUUGCAGGAUUACGGUCAUCGUGUUAGAUUAGCUACUCAUCCAAAUUUCAAGGAGUUUGUGUUGAUGGCUGGCUUAGAAUUUUAUCCUUUAGGAGGCGAUCCUAAACUGCUUGCAUCUUAUAUGGUAAGAAAUAAAGGGUUCUUGCCCUCUGGGCCUUCUGAGAUACUCACUCAAAGAAACCAUAUGAAGGAAAUUAUUUACUCCCUUCUUCCAGCUUGCAAACAACCUGAUGUGGACACUGGUAUUCCCUUUCAAGCAGAUGCGAUCAUUGCCAACCGUACAGCAUAUGGGCAUACACACGUUGCAGAGGGACUUAAGGUGCCACUUCAUAUAUUCUUUACCAUGCCAUGGACGCCAACUACUGAGUUUCCACAUCCAUUAUCCCGUGUGAAACAACCGGCAGGGUAUAGGAUUUCAUAUCAAAUCGUUGAUUCCUUGAUUUGGCUUGGCGUGCGGGAUAUCAUUAAUGAUUUCAGGAAAAAGAAGCUGAACAUACGGCCUGUAACAUAUUUAAGUACUUCACGAUUCUCUGAAUCUGAUGUGCCACAUGCUUAUUUGUGGAGUCCCUACCUUGUUCCUAAACCAAAAGAUUGGGGGCCUAAGAUUGAUGUUGUUGGAUAUUGCUUCCUUGACCUUGCAUCAAAUUAUGAACCCCCUGAGUCAAUGGUGAAAUGGCUUGAAGCUGGGGACAGCCCUAUUUAUUUUGGUUUUGGUAGCCUUCCUGUACAAGAGCCUGAUAAGAUGACACAAAUUAUCAUACAAGCAUUGGAAAGAACUGGACAGCGGGGUAUCAUUAACGAAGGGUGGGGUGGCCUCGGGAGGUUCGCAGAACCCAAGGACUUCGUAUAUUUGUUAGACAAUUGCCCUCAUGAUUGGCUUUUUCUCAAAUGCAAGGCUGUGGUGCAUCAUGGUGGUGCUGGAACAACAGCUGCUGGCCUUAAAGCUGCGUGCCCAACUACAGUUGUUCCUUUCUUUGGUGACCAACCUUUCUGGGGGGAUAGAGUACAUGCCAGAGGGGUCGGCCCUCCACCUAUCCCGGUUGACGAGUUCUCGCUUCCAAGAUUGGUGAAUGCUAUAAACUAUAUGCUCGAUCCCAAGGUAAAAAGGCAGGCUGUCGAGCUUGCAAAGGUUCUUGAGAAUGAGGACGGGGUCGAAGGAGCUGUGAGAGCAUUCUUCAAGCAACUUAGAUGGAGGAAACCCGAGCCAGAGCCUGAACUUGAACCUCAGAGGUCAAGUCUUUUGUUUAUAAGAAAAUGUUUUGGUUGUUCUUGAAUCUUGGAUAGUGGCGAUUCUCAAUUCACUUUGCAAGGACCAUUUUUUGCUGAUCUUGUGAAGUUUAUCAUCGUUACAUAAUAACAUUAUUUGUAUAAAUUGUUGUAAAGGCUGAAGCUAAACUCUUGAAUGUGUGUAUUGUCAAUCAGAAAAAAGAACAAAUAAAGCUCACAAGAAUAUGUAUAAA